AUUAUAGGCUUUAAGAAAUUGGGCUUUGGCCUUCUUCAACUUAACCAGUUCUUUUUUUUACCAUGUUAGACCCUCUUCCACAAAACAAAGGUUGUCUUGUUGGUCGUGAGGCAUAUCUUAGGGUUUCUGAUAUUCGGGAGAUAAGAGAAUCGAUCCACAAUGGCGAAUCAAGUGAUCUCCGGAAUCAAAGAAACAGCUCAAUCGAUUACAGGUGCGGCUCGUCCGUGGGGCGAUUUUCUCGAUCUUUCAGCUAUCAGCUUCCCUUCCUCCGUCGCCGAUGCUACGACUCGCCUGACUCAGAACUUGACUCACUUCCGCGUCAACUACAUUAUCAUCCUCUCGGUGCUCCUAGCUCUAACCCUAAUUACACGCCCGAUCGCCAUCCUCGCUUUUGUCGCCGUCGGUCUAGCUUGGUUCUUCCUCUAUUUCGCUCGCGAAGAAUCUCUCACGAUCUUCGGCUUCACUGUCGACGACGGCGUCGUGGCGUUACUUCUAAUCGGUCUUACGAUCGCCUCGCUAGUCACCACCGGAGUUUGGCUCAGAGCUCUCACCACCGUUGGAUUCGGCGUUGUGAUCCUGAUCCUACACGCGGCGCUUAGAGGAACGGAGGAUCUUUUGACGGACGAUCUGGAAUCACCUUAUGGAGCAAUGCUCUCUACUGACGGCGCUCGUGGUGAUUAUAGUGGAAUUUGAUCAUUAGUUGUUGCAUUCGUUACUUGUGAUUGAAACCAAAUUCGGGUCUUGUU